AUGACAAAUGAAAAUACUAGAACAAAUUGUGUACAAAAUCUACCAAUCUCAAUAAAACCAGCAAUGGAUAAAUUCCCAAAAUGUUCAACAUACGAUUUCUAUUUUAUGUUUCGUAUAUUCAUCUCUGAAUUGAUCGGUACAGGGACAUUAUGUUUUGUUGCGGUAUUGUAUACCUAUCCACCGAUUACUAAUCCAGUAUCAGAUUGUAUAAUUGUCUUUUUAACCUUUUCUUGGAUUGUAUGGAUAUUUGGUCCGAUCAGUGGUGCACAGAUUAAUCCAAUUGUAACCUUAGCAUUCUUAUUUAUACGAAAAUUAUCAAUAAUUUAUGCUGUACUGUGUAUAAUCGCUCAGAUAAUUGGUGCAAUUCUAGGCGCAUUAAUUGGUAAAGCCUUAUUGCCUAGCAGUUUAUCACAAGUGGAUAAACUUGGUGUUGUAGCAAAAAAUCCAAUAGUAUCACAAGGAAAUGCUGUUGCUUUUGAAUUUUUCGGUGGAAUGGCAAUUGUAUUGGCUAUUCUAGCUACAACUGAUGAAUUUAGACCGUCAACAUGGACAGCUGGUUUAUUUGUUAGCCUACCAUUUCAAAUGGGUGUCGUGCAUGCUUUACUAGUUGGAAUAUUGGCUAGAUAUUCUGGGAGUGGUUUGAAUCCAGCACGUUGCUUGGGUACCGCUAUUGUUGCUAAUGAUUAUACGGAUGUAUGGAUUUAUGUUGUCGGUCCUUUGUGUGGUUCUUUAUUCGCUGCUAUUCUCUAUGAAACCGUACUUUCACAUGGUGUUUCAUUAAAUCGUUUGAAAGCCUGGUUAACAAGUCCAGAUUUUGACCGUGAAGUGGAUUAUAGUGCUAAAAAUCAAGUACCCAUUGGAAAUCAGGAUUAA